GGAACAUUGUGGUAAAGGUCCUUCUGUUGUGCUUCCUGGCUCAAGAUAAUUGAAAGCAAAUAGAGCAGUGCUGCUUUGCCCUAUGUCCUAAAUUAGUUUUUAGAUCACAGUUGCUGGCUAAAUAAUACCAAGCUUUUAUCAGCCCUUACAAAAGCAAUACUUAAAAAAAAAAAUCACUUGUCUUGGUUUUUCUGAUUUAGGACUUGGCCACUGAAGGGAAAUGAACUGGAGGUUGCAUUUCAGAGUCUCUGAAAGGAAAACCCUGCUUCAGAUUGCCAGUUUACAGAGAUUAAUUGGAUGGAAGUCUCUGGAUUUCUGGAUGUAUGCCCAGCAUCAGCAUUUUAGAAAUUCUUCCAGUCUGACAGCCUGCAAAAAUCUUCCCUUAAUUCCAUUAAGAUCUGUCCUUUGCUUUCCUCAUGGAAAACAUUUGCUGCAGAAGACUUCAGAAAGUAGCUUUAAAAAUACAACAGACUUGUCUGGGAUAAGGAUCCAGGGAAUAAGGUUAUUGUCCCUAUCCACAUUCUCAAGAGUGUUUUUUGGAAUUGGCCAAGGAGGAAAUAACAGUGGAAAUAAGAAGCUCAGCCUAAGAGAUGUGAUGGAACGCAUCCAGAAGAAAGAAUGCCAUAGGAUAGUAGUGAUGGCUGGAGCAGGACUCAGUACCCCGAGUGGGAUUCCAGAUUUCAGGUCUCCUGGGAGUGGGCUAUACAGUAACCUUCAGCAGUAUAAUAUUCCGUACCCUGAAGCCAUAUUUGAACUUAGCUACUUUUUCCAGAAUCCCAAGCCUUUCUUCAGUUGCUGGGAUUCCUCCAGAUAAAUUAGUUGAAGCUCACGGCACAUUUGCUUCUGCUACAUGUACUGUCUGUCGAAGAUCAUAUUCAGG